CCUGUCUAGGUUGAAAAUAGAUUCCUCGUCGUUCAGUCAACAUGGCAGGACCUGUCGCCAAGAGGCAAAAGACAGCUUCCAAGUCGCAAGAAUCUUCAGAGCCUCGUAUCACCGACCCUCGUUUUGCCAACAUCCAGUCUGAUCCACGAUACCGCCUCCCCGGACGCAAGGACAAAGUCAAACUAGACAAACGUUUCAAACGGGCAUUGGAAGAUGAUGACUUCACGCGGAGAGCAAAGGUGGAUCGUUAUGGCCGACCUCUCGCCUCGGAUGCAGAGAAGAAUAGGUUGAAGAGAAGAUAUGAAUUCGAGGAUGAUGAAGAGGAAAGCGACGAGCCAGACGACGACGAAGAAGUGCAGGAAGAAUUGAAGAAAUUCGACCCCCUGCGCGAGACUCGAGAUGAUGACUCUGCAUCUUCCUCCGACGAGAGCACAAGCGAUGAGGACUCCGAUGAGGAAGAAGCAGACCUUGACGAGGAAGUCGGCGUAGGAGCGACGCAAAACACAGACAUACCUACAGGCGAAGUGACCUCUCGCAUCGCCAUCGUCAACCUGGACUGGGACAAUAUCAGGGCCGCCGAUCUGAUGGCCGUCUUCACGAGCUUCCUUCCUUCCACAGGCAGCCUUUCCAAAGUGUCGAUAUACCCGAGCGAGUUCGGCAAGGAACGGCUCGAGCGAGAAGAGAUGGAGGGCCCACCCAAAGACAUCUUUGUUGCAGACGCCCACUCUGAAGCAUCAGCCUCUGAAGACGACGAGGACGAGGCCGACGACGAGGCCAUCAAGAAGUCCAUCCUCCAGGCCGACGACGGUGCAGAUUUCGACUCCGCCGCCUUGCGCAAGUACCAACUUGAACGCCUGCGCUACUACUACUGUAUCCUGACAUUCUCGUCACCCACCGUCGCAAAACAUAUCUAUGACGCCGUGGAUGGAACCGAGUAUUUGAGCACGGCGAAUUUCUUCGACCUGCGCUUCGUGCCAGAUGAGACAGACUUCUCCACAGACACACCCAAAGAAGAAUGCACCUCGCUCCCAGGGGACUACAAACCAAACACAUUCGUGACGGACGCGCUUCAACACAGUAAAGUCAAGCUCACAUGGGAUGCUGAGGACAGUGGACGAAAAGAGACAAUCGCCCGGGCCUUCACAGGGUCAAGGAAGGAGAUUGACGAAAAUGAUCUAAAGGCGUACCUCGGCAGCGAUUCUUCCGAGGAUGAAGACGAGAGCGAAGACGAUGAAGUGGAAGAGAAGGAGAAGGAGAAAGCGAGCGGUGAUCAGGUGUCGAAAAAGGAGGCCGAGCGCCAACGCAUGCGAGCCUUACUCGGCCUCGCACCUGAACCAGUGAAGAAGUCAAAAGAUGAACGAAAGGGACCUGUGGGUGACAUGCAGGUCACAUUUACAUCUGGACUCAUGAAGGGAGCCGACGAAGGCGGAAAGAAGAAGAAAAAGUCGGUCUUUGAGAACUCGCCUGAACCCGAAGAGACUACGGUUGAGAAGUACAUCCGCAAAGAGCGCGAACGGAAACAGAAGCGCAAGGAGAAGAUGAAGGGCUCCAAGGGUGUAAUGGACGAAGACGAAGACGUCGCAGCUCCCACAAACAAAGAUGCUGGUGAUGACAAGGCCAAUGACGACGAUGAUCUCGGCUUCGACGAUCCCUUCUUCGCCGACGACGCUGUAGCGGAGCCCUCGGCCAAGUCCGAAAAGGCCUCGAGUAAUAAAAUGCGCAAGGAAGAGCGACUGAAGAAGAGAGCGGAGCGAGAGGCCGAGGAGGAAAUCGAACGGAAACAACGGGCGGAACUGGAACUGCUCAUGGCCGACGACCUGGGUGGCGGCGGUGGCGGUGACGGCAAAGACAAGCCCAAAAUCCGACACUUUGACAUGAAGGAGAUUGAACGCGCCGAGAAGCAGGCGCGCAAGAAGGGCAAGAAGGCCGCCCACAAGGGGAAGAAUGACCAGGGAAAUGCGGCCACUGCCAACGACGACUUCAAACUCGACACGUCCGAUCCCCGCUUCUCCCGGCUCUUCUCGAGCCACGAGUACGCCAUCGACCCGACCAACCCCAGGUUCAAGGGCACAAAGGGCAUGAAGGCCCUGCUCGAGGAGGGGAGGAAGAGAAAACACGGCAGGCACGGCGGGGGCGACGGCAGCGUCGAACCGACCGGCGAGACGGCGAGACGGAAAGAGAAAGGUGCCGCCGCAACGGCCGCCUCUUCGUCGCAAGCGGACGUAAAGAGCCUCGUUGAGAAGAUCAAGAGGCAGAGUAAAAAGUGAAGAAAAGAAAUUACAAUACUUGGGCGAAUCGUAUCGCUAAAAGCCAGAGCAAGCAAGAUUUCACAAUGCGAGACUUUUGGAAAAAAGGUUGGAUGCAAAUAUGUUAAUGAUUGUCUGGUG